AUGCGGAGAUUGCAACAAGCCUUUCGACAAGCUACUCAAAUUACCCACGAGGUGGCAGCCGGACUGAAGCGCGCCGGGAACAAAUCGCCCUUCACUCCUUCGAGCUUUCAGAAUCAUAUUGGAACAAGCAAUGAUGAUACUUCAAGUAGCGACAGUGCGCUUGUCACAUCAACAAAUCUCACAGGCAUUGAUGCAGAAUUUAUAGACUGGAAUAUUCCGGACAUUGAAUUUGGCGACCUUUUGAAUUCAGAGAUCAAUGAGAACGUCUUAGAGCAGUCAUCGAGCGGGUUGGCGUUGACUGAUUACACAAUGUCAACGCCCACGGUCGAUCAAAUACAGGCCACCAACUGGUCUUUACCACUACCGAUAUCAAGCCCUCGAAUCCUUAACAAGCGAUCCGAUUCAAGGCCCGGGGCCCAAAUAAUCACAACUCAUAUUCUGCACACUCUAAAGUCAUAUCUUCUGACGAUGUUACGGAGAAACUCCCUACCACCAUUUAUCCAUCCCGCUUCGGCAUCAGCUGCCUUCGAUAUGGAGCCACUUGAUAAUUGCAUAAACCUGGUGCAUAUGAUCAGUAGUGGAAUCAAAGGGAGUCGAAAGUUGUUUUGGAGGAACGUGGUUAUAGAAUGUGAACGCCUGCGCUGUGAGCCUUGGGAACUUUCGAACUGGAAGCUCCUCGCUGGUAUGCAAGCCAUGUCUAUUUACAUUCUCAUCAGGUUAGAUGAGGGAGAGACAGAACACAACGACAUCGAUUCACUGUUAAUUGGCACCUUCGCAAUCCUGGCGCUACAAACCUACCAAAACGACAUUGCGUCCCACUAUCGCCUUGACCGAAGUUGGAAAGAUUGGCUUUAUGAGGAAUCGAGACGAAGACUAUCGCUAAUUUAUCGAGUCAUCAACAUGCUGGUUUAUUUCGAGCCGGUCGCAAUGUGUAAUCUGCCCAAGGACUUGGUCCUAGCUCCAUUGCCAGCCAAGAAGGAGCUUUGGGAGGCGAGUGAUGAAAGUAUGUGGACCAAAGAGAAUGAGAAUGAGCGAGAGGCGAGAGGUGAGUUUGGAUUAGCGAAGAGUGGUGAGCUAGUGAGGUUGGGGGGGGAUUCUAGGUCUAUGAUGGUCCACACGGCCAUCACAUCCGAAAGCCCCCCGAGAAGUAGUGCAAGUUGGGAAGAGUGGUGUUCCGGGAUGGAUGGGUUUGGUGGACUUGUUAUGCUUGCCGCUUCUUUGGUAGUGGGGUAG